AUGGCAAGAAAUUCGGAUAUGGGUCGGCUAGAUGCCGAUAUAGAACUUCAAAAUCAGACAUCAAGAAGAAACUCGUUCCAGUUGGAAGAAUUAAACAAUUUUGCUAUCGACCAUGAUGAUGCAGAUCUUGUCUAUCAUCCAACUUCUUAUAAGGGAUUGAAUAUUGUCAGUGGUGACCUAUCGGGGAUGUCGUUUUACCAAAGACUUCACCACUUUUUCAGUCUACCUAAAACCAGGAGAAAGAUAUCAAUUCUUGGUAUAAUACUCUUCAUUGUGUGGAUUGUGCUCUUGGUAACUUUUGCCCACACUGGAGCUUUUCAAAAUGGUAACAAAACGGUUUACCCUGGUCAGAACUCGACUUCGCCAGAGUCUACCGACGAAUCUGCAUUAAAAGACCCGCAAGAACGCAUACCGAUGACACUACAAGAUAGCAGGAGUGGUGCCUUUUCAGUGUUUUCUUAUGAUCUUGAAUUUGUCAGUAUCCCAGGCAUGAGUUAUGACGAAGAUCAAGGAUACUACUUGCAUCGCUCAGGCUCGUAUCACUUCCUCAAAAAAGCAUCUGAUAGCCAAUUCAGUAAGAAGCUGUAUGAUCAACCGGAGGUCGAAUACAAUGGCCAAUCGCACAGAUUCUCCCUUGUAUCCUUAAAUUCGGGACUCAACAAAGCCCUGUUGGUGUCCGAAGUUGAGGCACAGUGGAGGUAUUCGAGCUAUGGUGUUUAUUGGGUUAUGGACAUUGAUUCAGGAGCUAUCAAUCCGGUGUUUGAGAAGGACAAUAAGCUUCCAAAAAUCAGUUUUGCGGAGUUCUCGCCUCAAGGUAGGUACGUGACGUUUGUGUUUGAAAACAACAUAUACUUAUUGGAUCUCCAAACCAAUGAACAAAUUCAGAUCACAGAUGAUGGCAGUUCUUCAAUUUUGAACGGUAAGCCCGACUGGGUAUACGAGGAAGAGGUUCUCUCCAGUGACCGUGCAAUUUACUGGUGCCAAGAUGAAAGCCAUUUCUCGUUUAUCAGGUUUGAUGAUACGGAUGUUCCUGUUUAUGACCUUGAAAUUUUCAGAGACAAUGCGUAUCCUGUGACUGAGAAGUUGAAAUAUCCGAAACCAGGAUACAAUAAUCCUAUUGUUUCUGUACACGUUUACUCAGUGGAAGGUAAAACUACGCAUGAAGUUAUGCAUGACAAUUCUCGUCUCGGCUCUGAUUACGUGGUGUACCAGAUGGCUUGGACGUCGGGAGAAAAACUCAUAAUCAAAGAAACUGACAGGACCAGCAGGCUUGUUGACAUCAGAGUUUACGAUAGCGAGACCACAAAAUCCACAGUUGUGCGUUCAUUUGACGCAAAGGAGUAUGAUGGAUGGUAUACCAACAACGGAGAUAUUUUUGUUGUGCCAGGAGGGGGCUACAUUGAUACUGUGGUUCAUGACUAUCACGAUCAUCUAGCUUACUUUGAGUCUGCCACAGAUUCUGAGCCUAAAAUGAUAACAAAGGGCGACUGGGAUGUUGUUGAUGGUGUAGCCGGUUACAACCCAACAACCAAAUUACUGUACUUCAUUGGUACAGCAGGAAAUGCUCUUGAAAGGCACAUAUUUACGGUUAAGCUUGAUGGUCAAGACCUCAAAAACCUCACCAAUACUGAAAAGGUCAGCACUUAUCGAUUGUCUGUCUCCAGUGGAGGCAAAUAUGGUUUUGUGCAAUACAAAGGACCAGCUAUUCCAACAGAUAAAAUCAUUGAAAUGGACAAAUUCUCAGAGGACAAGGAUGAGUAUGUUAAAUCAAAGAAUCUAAACACAGCAAAUAUGGUCGAAGAAGUUCUCAAGCGCUAUCAGAUGCCCUCCAAGGAGUACAAGACUGUGACUCUCGAAGAUGGUACCAAGAUUGAUGUUAUAGAAGUGAAACCAUUCGAUUUCAACCCAGAAAAUAAAUACCCACUGCUUGUGAGUGUUUACGGAGGCCCUGGUGCGCAAAAGUUAUCAUCUGUGUUCAAUUAUGGAUUUGAAGAAGUGCUUGUUUCAAAUCUGGAAAUUAUUGUCUGGUAUAUCGAUCCUAGGGGAACUGGAGGCAGAGGAUGGAAAUACAAAUCAUUCGCAAAAGACAAGAUAGGUUAUUGGGAACCGCGGGACAUUGUCGGAGCCACCCAACGGCUCAUUGAGAUGACGGAUUACAUUGAUAUGGACUUGACAGCCAUCUGGGGAUGGUCAUAUGGUGGCUUCACCACCUUGAAGACGCUGGAGUAUGACUCUGGCACCACUUUCAAAUACGGUAUGGCCGUUGCUCCUGUGACCAAUUGGUUGCUGUACGAUUCGAUCUACACAGAGAGGUACAUGGGCAAACCCGAGAACAAUGAGAACUACCAAAGCGUGUCGAAAAUUAGUGAUGUCGACAAAUUCAAGCAGGUCACUAGAUUCCUCAUCAUGCACGGUACGGCCGACGAUAACGUUCAUUUCCAAAAUACGCUGCAACUUCUGGAUGCGUUCGAUAGAAAAGGAGUCGAGAAUUACGAUAUGCAUGUCUUUCCAGAUUCUAACCACAAUAUCAAUCAUAAUAAUGCCAAUAUGGUUGUUUAUGAUAAGCUCUUCAAGUGGUUGGAAGCCGCUUUUGACAAGAAAUGGGUGAACCUUUGA